AUCUACUCUUUGUAUCUCUAAAUAUAUGGUAUCAAGUUGGCAACACCGGCAAAAAACGAAAACAACUGAGUUAAAAACAUUGAAAAUGGCGUCUAAAUUUUAUUGGAUUCUCACCGGACCUCGGUUACUAAGAAUUUAUAAAAGAGAUAAUAUUGAAGGCCACAAUUAUGAGCCUGGAUAUGUGGAAUCAAUAGCAGAUAAAAUUCUGCAGAUGUUCCAUGUUACACUUGGUCUUAAGUAUCUGUCUCCUAUUGUUGGGGUGUAUCUUUACAGAAAAGGCUAUUUUACAGCUGAAGGUGGUGCUAGUCUGAUUAAAUUUGCUGUCUCAUUAUUGAUUGUUUAUGCUGCUGCAUUUGUUUUUAGAGGUAUUGAUCGACUGGCUAAUUUAGAUUAUCGCACAUUUAUAAAAGCUCUUGUAGAGGCAAGAAACAGCCCGACAUUUCAGACCAAGAAAGCGCUUGUUGGAUAUGACUUUGAGUUUUGGGCGUGGCCUGUUGACUUCAGUGUUAAGGAACUUAAUAGUGAUAGAAAAAAAGCUUAUAAAGCUCAGCCAACUGUUACCAACAGCAGCAGACGACUCCAAGCAAUCGAAAGGAGUAGUUUCCCUUGCAGAAUUCUCAGUUACAUUGCCAUGCAUACAUUUGGUCGAAGUAUGGUUUACCCUGGAAGUACAUCCUUUGUGAACUAUUUUCUAUCCAGUAUGUUAGUGACUGGAAGAGCUCAGCAAGUUGAAGAGAGACAUGGAAAAAGAGCCAAAAUUGAGACAGAAGAUGGCAAUGAGAUAGACACAAUGUUUGUCAACAUGAGGGGACACUCUGAGUUAGGAAAUACUUUAGUCAUAACCUCUGAAGGCAAUGCAGGAUUCUAUGAGAUAGGUUGUAUCAACACGCCAUUAGACUUAAACUAUUCAGUUUUAGGGUGGAACCAUCCAGGAUUUGGGGGAAGUACAGGAGUCCCGUUUCCUGACCAGGAGCAGAAAGCCGUGGAUGCUGUUAUCCAGUAUGCUAUACACAAGCUGCACUUUGAACCUCAAGACAUUGCUGUAUUUGCCUGGUCUAUAGGUGGAUACACAGCCUCGUGGUUGGCUAAGACUUAUCCAGACUUAAAGUUUGUUGUAUUAGAUGCUACAUUUGAUGACAUUGUUCCUCUAGCCAUUGCUAAAAUGCCACAGUCAUGGAAAAAUUUGGUGUCUCUUGCUUUGAGAAGCUACAUGGAUUUAAAUAUUGCUGAUAAUUUGCUUGAGUACCAGGGACCGAUUCUCUUAAUACGAAGAACUAAAGAUGAAAUUAUUACAACAGAGACUCCACCUAAUACCCUCCCAUUACUGUCCUCAAACAGGGGAAAUAAUUUGAUAUUGAAACUUUUGAAAUUUAGGUACCCAACAAUUGUAGACGAAUCAACAAUUCCUAUAAUGAAAGAAUUUCUAGCUAAGGAAACUGUUCAACAAGUUCAAAUGUUAAAGGAUAAGAAUGUUGUGUAUCAAGAAAUUAGCAACAUAUUCGCAGUACACGUCCAAGAAUCAGGUCUUCACUUUCCUAUGAAUAUUAAAGUCGAUGAUGACCUACUCUUGAAAACAAGGCUGGCUUUGUUUUUAAUCACUGUACACAUGGAGAACUUUGAUGCCACUCACUGCUCUCCCCUGGCUAUCAGUCUGUUUCACAAACCUUGGGUUCCCGGAGCUAGACUUUAACAAGCUACACUAGUAUUUGUUUAUGUAAGGCGUGUACAUCCUAGUUGUGUGUGCGUGUAUGUAUUUGGUGUUUGCCUAAGUGGAUGACCUGAGGUUGUACUCAUUAUUUAAAUUGUUGCCAAAUAUUAGACUUGUACAUUUCACAAGACUUUUGUUUUAGUCAGUAUGUCUUUUGAGAGAGUCCAUUUUCUUUCUGCAUUGACAGAGCCCCAGAUACAUAUUCCAUAAACUUCAUUGCCACCUUUUUUUUUGUAUAUGUUAAUUUGGGAUUUACUAAGCUGAUAGAUAAUACAUUUUGUUAACAAAUGUGACUUAACGUAGUGAUUCUUAUGCUACCAAAUAUUUUGUUUAGUGAAAGACAAAGGGACCAAAAGUCAUCCAGCCUUUUGUUCUCAUGUCAUUUUGUUUAUAUUCUGAUAGGAUCAUCUUUUUUAAUAUAAUUAUAAAUAUUUUUUAUAUAUAUUCUAUAUUUAAAAUACGGAAGGAAAAAGAAAAGAAAAAAUCUCAUCAGCUUGAAAGGAAUUCCUGUAAUAUGUAUUGUGUUUGACCCUAUUAGAUGAAGACAGUAUUUGUAUUACUUGGUUUCAAGGCUGUGCUUUGGUUUACAUUUUGACUAAUCUUUCAACAUGGAUUUCAGAUAAAUGAAUAAAAAAAUUAUUAUAA